AUGCACAUAACCCAGCUCAACCGGGAGUGCCUGCUGCACCUCUUCUCCUUCCUGGACAAGGACAGCAGGAAGAACCUGGCCAGGACCUGCUCUCAGCUCCAUGACGUGUUUGAGGAUCCCGCACUCUGGCCCCUGCUGCACUUCCGUUCCCUCGCUGAACUCAAGAAGGACAACUUCCUCCUGGGCCCGGCACUCCGGAGCCUCUCCAUCUGUUGGCACUCCAGCCGCGUGCAGGUGUGCAGCAUUGAGGACUGGCUCAAGAGCGCCUUCCAGAGGAGCAUCUGCAGCCGGCACGAGAGCCUGGUCAAUGAUUUCCUCCUCCAGGUGUGCGACAGGCAGGCGGCACGGACUCAGUGCGUGAAACGUGGCUGUGCCCAGUAUAUGCUGGUUCUUAAUCCCCCUCACCCCAAGCACAAAGGAGCUGAGCGGCCCCAGACGGGUGCCCUCAACGAGCUAAGAGGGAGGCUCACAGGAAAAGGGAAACUCUUCCCCAGUCCCGACGCCGGCUCCCUCUGGCUACGGGGAACCAAGGUCCAAGCCCAUGAGACGGUCCUUCUGGACUGGAAGCAGUCUGGUCCUGUUUCCAGUGAAAGUGGGCUGCGACUGUCUGUAGAAGGCCCCGCUGCUGGUUUACACCCCAAAUCUCGGUCCUCACAACCCCACUGGUGCAGGCCAGGCUGCAGCAGAGAGCCCUCCAAGCUCUCCGGGUACAGCUCUGUACCGCCUCGGGCCCCUCACCUCCUCCAGGCUGGCGUCCAGGGGGAUGCAGUAACUGCCCCAGGCAACUGA